AUGCUGAGGCGUCUCAGACUCGGCCUGCGUAAAGUGGAGAACGAACGUCUUGGGCGCGUGGAUCAAAUGGUGCAGUUCCACAUCGACUUUCCCUGGCCGUUUGCGAGCAGGGACGCGUGUUUCGAGGUGUUUGCUGUGGACGACUUCGAACGGAAUUCGCAAAUUGUCGUUAAAAUGAUUACUCUGGACAACUCCUGCAAGACGCCGAGGCAAACAAUGACGAUCCCCGAUCCAGCCCGGCGUGUGGAGAGGAUUCUUGUGGAUGGUUCCUUAGUGAUAAAGCCUCUCGGCCCCGACUCGUCUCUGUUGUCUCUCCUUUGGCACGAGAACUGCGGGAUGCGCAUCCCAGUCUUCAUGCUUGACUUUGCGACGAAGCUAUUUGCACGGUCGGCCUUUGAAGCGUUCAGGACAACCUGCAUUUCAGCAAGGGACGGGGAGCUGAAGCGGAGGCGAUCUUUAAAUGAAAACCUCUACAGCUUCAUUGCAGACCGCCUGGUACAAGUCGGCCUCAUGCCUACCUCGCCGCCGCGCUCUGUCGGAGAUGAAGAGGAGGGACGCGAAGACCUUUCCAAGUUGUAG